AUGUCAGAUGAACCAAACCCUGGGUGGGCAGGCAUCAAGGUCGUCGCUGAAGUAACGAGCAGCAAGUACUGGCCAGGGAAGCAUGCUGCGAAAUCCCUUGAUACCAAGGUGUACAUCAUCUUGAAGCACCAGCCCUGGAUGUGCUUCACUCUCAUGCUAUCUUUAUGCAACCACUAUCGCGAACUUCGUGUCCACGUAUACAACCACUCUGGUUCUGCCAUAUCCCCUCCAUUUCAUAUCAGCCAACAGAAGAACAAAUUUCUGCAGAUCCUCUCGGCUAUUGUCUUCGGCAAUGGCGAGUGCAUUGGUUUCAAUACGACGAUGAAUAUUCGACAGCUCAAACUCCCUGUGUUAUCCCGUCGUUCCAUUCCUCCUAGGAGAUUGUGUGUUCAGAAAAAGAGGGACACCCACGGUGAAUCUGGUACAUGGGCCAAGACAGGAGAUGCAGCAUCAGGCGAGUCAGAGGAGUCAGGUGAGGAGUCAGGCGAAGAGUCAGGCAAGGAGUUGGACAAGGAGUCGGAUGAGUCAGGAUACGAGUCAACAUCAUCAUACAAACCUUCGCCCUCACGUCGCCUAGACACUCUCGGCAGUGAUUCCUCAGGCUUAUCAAGCACCUUCUCCUCCCUUGAACAAGAUGAGCGGCUUGAUAUCAGGACUGGUCUUCCUACACUCCCCUCUGAACUGCUUCCCUCGGCCACUCCUGCCUCACUAGCUCCUUUUAUUGCCCAACAUUUCAUUCCUCCUCUGAAUUUGUCGCCAAUCGGUGAAAUUCAAGUCAACGACAACUGGUAUGAUAUCCUGGAGGUUUUAUUUUCGAGUCAUGGCCUGGUUGGUCAUGGCACCAUUUGCUACUUGGCUAGAAAAGAUGACGAAGAGUACAUCAUCAAGGACCACUGGGUCCUUGGGAAUGCAGACGACGAAGAUAUCUUAAAUGAGGUUGCUAUGUUGAAGAAGAUGCAGGGUGUCCAUGGUGUCCCAGAACUUGUAGAAUUCAGCAAGGUUAAGCUGUCGACUGGUGAGGUCAACAACACGAAGAUUUACUGA